UUCAGCAGAUCCAGGAAAGAGCUGUUCAGUGUCUCCUUUGAAGAAAAUCUCAGGACACAAUGGCCGCGGACGUUAAAAUGCUUUUCUGUGUUGGACUUGCUGUCGUAUUAUCUGGUGUGGGAGAGUCUGCCUUCAUGGGGAAGACCCACGGCUCAGGGACGGAAAACCCUGUGCUACAGUACGUAGUUAACAACUCACUGAGAGAGCAUCCGGUCCUCACCAAACUCAGACUGAGGACCCUUCAGGACCAAUGGAGUGUCAUGAUGGUUUCCAGUGAACAAGCCCAGUUAAUGGCAAAUCUCAUUAGACUGAUUAAUGGCACGAAAGCUAUUGAAGUUGGGAUGUACACAGGGUACAAUGCUCUGAGCAUGGCUUUGGCCAUGCCGGAGAACGGACGGGUGGUAGCUUGUGAAAUACAGGACAGCUACAUCAACAUCGCCAAACCGUUUUUUAAAGAGGCUGGAGUUGAAAAUAAGAUAGAUGUUCAACAUCAAGCAGCCCUGAAGACACUGAAUGAACUGAUAGCAGCCGGACAAGCUGGGACGUACGACUUUGUGUUCAUCGAUGCUGAUAAAUCCAACUAUGACAACUACUACGAGAAGUCCCUGGAGCUCAUACGAAGAGGGGGCGUUAUUGCGAUCGACAACGUGCUCUGGGGCGAAAAGGUAUUGAACCCUGCUCCCAAUGACUUCACCUCUCAGAGUCUGGAUGCUCUCAACAAGAAGCUGCACAAGGACCAGAGGAUUGAUCUGAGCAUGCUCACCGUGGGAGACGGUCUGACCCUUGCCAUUAAACGCUAAAGUCCUUAGUUAUUAAUUGUACGUGUUUUGUUUUAUUCUUUAACAGUACAUUAGUAUAUGUAGAGUACACAGCCUUCUAUCAGCCUGUUUACCAUCAGAUUAAACAUUACAACCCACUC